AUGGCAAUGAAACGCUUUUUCCUACUUGAGAAAAAACUGGAUAAAAACAAAGAUUUAAACGCUGCAUAUAUUGACUUUAUGGAAGAACAUGUUAAGCUAAAGCACAUGGAAGUUGUUAAAGAACCUUAUGUAACUGAUGUGCCUACAUAUUACAUGCCCCAUCAUUGCGUUCAUAACAUCCACAGCUCAACAACAAAAUACCGCGUGGUUUUUGAUGCUUCUGUUAAGACUACAAGUGGGCUUUCUCUUAAUGACGCUUUAAUGACUGGCCCUGUAAUUCAACAGGACUUAGUUUCAAUAAUAUUAAGGUUUCGCUCUUAUAAAUAUGUAAUAACUGCUGAUAUCACCAAAAUGUACCGGCAGAUUAAGAUUUCAGAAGAGGAUAAAAGUUUGCAUAGAAUAUUUUGGAGAAAAUCUCCUAAUCAACCACUUAUAGAGUAUCAGUUAAAUACUGUUACCUAUGGAACUGCUCCAGCUUCGUUUCUCGCUACAAGAUGUCUGCAACAAGCUGCUAGAGAACAGGAAGAUAAAUACGCCUCUGCAGUAAGAUCAAUUCUGCAAGAUUUCUACAUGGAUGACUACCUGACAGGUUGCAAUGAUUUCGAAAAUCUCAAAUUAAUUCAGGAAGAGGUUAUAAAAAUACUUGAGGGCGCUCAGUUUUCUUUACAUCAAUGGUGUGCAAAUGAAUUGGCAUUAUUAGACAAAAUUCCUACAACAAAAACAGAAACUAAAUUUAUCCCAAAUGAAGAGGACAUUUCAAUCAAAACCCUUGGCAUCUGGUGGAAUCCAGAACAAGAUUACUUUACAUUUUCAAUUUUUCUUCCUCCAGAACAAAAGCCUACAAAGCGUAGCAUCCUGUCAGAUACUGCUAAGGUUUUCGAUCCCCUUGGUUUAGUGGGACCGGUCAUUGUAAAAUUCAAAAUGUUUUUGCAAGUGCUUUGGUCAUUAAAGACAGAAUGGGAUGAAGCACUCUCUACAAGUCAAUUAAUGGAAUGGACUUCAUUUAGAAAGGACCUUAAGUUCUUGGAGACUCUGCACAUUCCUCGACCUGUUUAG